GUGUCCGCUGCCCCGCAGCAGCCGAGGUGGGGGCGAUGGAGGGGAACGCUUUCCCUCCCGGCCUCAACCUCUCCCACCCGGGCACUCUCCCGCCCCUCCCCGGCCCCCGGGCAGCCUGCGCGGGCGCCGUCCUGCUUCUGGCGCUGGUGGGCAACGGGAUAGUGCUCCGGCGGCUGUGCCGCGGGCAGGCGCACCGGCAGAGAGAUCUGGUGGUGGGGCACCUGGCACUGGUCGAUCUAGCGGGCUGCGGGCUAGCGCUGCUGCCGCGCCUGGUGACCGAGCUCCGCGGCACCACCGUGCCCCCGAGCGCCGUCGUCUGCCGCCUGCUACCGCUGCUGCAGCGCUGCGGUCCGCUGCUCUCGGCCUACGGGUUGGUACUGCUGGCGCUGGAGCGGUACCGCCCGAGGCUGCCCGCCCGCAGCCUGGCCGCCCUGGGCUGGCUUCUCGCACCGCUUCUUGCCGUGCCCCAAGCCUUCGCCUUCCGCUCAGCCCCGCGGCCCGGCGGGCUCCGCUGCUGGAGCGUCUUCGAGGAGCUGCCGUUCUGGCACGGCCUGACCUUCACCAUCUACGGGGCGGUCACCGGCUUCGUGCUGCCCGCCGGGCUCCUCUGCUGGGCCUGCGCCCGCAGCCUCGCCGCCCUCGGGGCCGCCCGACGGCAGCGCCGGCGGUCCGUCGAGGGCGGGCGGCGCCGCGGGGCGCUGCCGGGGCCGGAGGGCGGCCGAGGCCUCCCCCGCAGCCGGUCACGGGCGCUGCGGCUGCCGCUGGUGCUGGCGGUUCUCUUCGUUCUCUGCCGACUGCCCCACUGCGCGCUGGAGCUCGGUCUGGCGGCGGCGGCCGCCGGCGACGGGCGGCGGGAUACGCUGGAGGCUCUGGCCAUCGUGGCGGCGGCCAACAACGCGCUCAACCCCUACAUCUGCCUGCUCCUGCACAGCCACUGGCCCCGGCGGCGCCGCGUCCGCCGGGACGUCGCCAGGACCGGGACGUGGAGAGCGAUCGCCGCCGUCUGCUGCUGCCUGUGCCUCGACGGCCAGGGACGACGCGGAGCCACGCUGCGCCGCCCGCUCCGCCUCCGCGCCGGCACUCCGAGCAUCCCCGGCUCCCUCGGCACCCCAGGCGCCUCCGGCUCCCCUGACAUCCCCGGCACCACGGGUAUCUCCGGCUCCCCCGGCACACCAAGCAUCCCCGGCACCGCGGGCAGCUCCGGCACCCCGAGCACCCCGAGCAUCGCGAGCACCCCGAGUACCUUCGGCACCCCCAGCAGCUCCGGCUCUCCCGGCACCCCCAGCAGCCCCGGCGCCGCGGGCAGCCCCGGCACUUCGGGCUCUUUCGGCUUCCCCGGCGUCCGCGGCGGCCCCGUCCCCGGCGCCCCGACGCUCGCAGCAGCGCUCGGCCCCGUCCGGCCGAAGGCGCGGUAUUAGCGGGGACGGGACGGGGCCGCACGCCGGGGAAGUGCCGGGGCUGCCGCACAGCCCUGCCCGAAGUCUUUUACCUUAGCGUUAGCUGAGCUUUGGGGAUAUAUUGCCGUUUGUUUUUGUUUUUCCUGCUUUGGUGUAGUUUUGUGUAAAACACGCUUACGGCAGAGGGCAAAGUCAGCAGGAUGGCUGUUGCUAUGCAAACUGCCUUAGUGUUGUUCCCAUUCAGAGCCCGACUGACUUGUCAUCCUUACAAAGCCUUAUGAGUAUUUUGGUUGCACUUUGUGAUUUCGUGAUACCUCAUUCAGAAA